CCGGCCCGCUGCCCCCCUCUCCGAGCUUCGCUUUUUAAGCCGCCGGUGCCGGCGGGGGUGCUCGGAUCUACCGGAGGCGAUGAGUCCCGGCGCGCCCUGAGCACGGAGCAGGUCGAGGAUGCUCCAUGCGACGGGCGAUGCCGCCCGCCGGCUCCUGCUCGGGCUCUCGCUCCUCCCCAUCGCCCUCCUGGGCUCCCAGGACGAGGGAGAAGGCGAUCCACAUCACGCGGGUGCAGCACCGGGCGGUGAGCGUGGGGCUGGGCGAGCCCGUAUCACCCUGCCCUGCCUCUUCCUGCUGCGCCCCUCCGCGCCCCCGGAGCCGCCGCGCGUCAAAUGGAGCAAGGUGCGCUCGGCCGGCGGCCAGAGGGAGGACUCGCCCAUCCUGGUGGCCAAGGACGACGCGGUGAAGGUGGCCAGAGCCUACGAGGGCCGGGCGUGGCUGCCGGCGUACGGCCGUGACCGCUCCAACGCCACGCUGCAGCUGCGGGCGGCCCGGGCCGGCGACGCGGGGCUCUACCGCUGCCACGUGGUGGCCGGGAUCGAGGACGAGCAGGAGCUGCUGCCGCUGGAGGUGACGGGUGAGCGGGCACGGCCCGGGGAGACGGAGCGGGGCGGGAGAGAUGGGCACACAGGAGGAGGCGUGUGCAGCGUGAGGGCUGAGCUCCCCACGUGUGAGCUGUGUGCACCCCACAUGUGA